ACAGAGGGAGUGAAUGAGAAAGAGGACAUUUUGUAAAGAGAGAGAGAGAGAGAGAGAGAGAGAGAGAGGAGGUGGAGACACACACACAUACCUAUACAAGUGUUCAGUGUUGAAACGCAGGCUUUCCCUUUCAUGCUCAAUAUAACUUUCAUUCUCGUCAGGAUUAUUGUCUGUCGGACAGCUGGGAUUCUGUUGGUCCAUUUUAACGGCUUAUUUCGUUCGUUUCCGCUUCGGACUCGUCGGGUUUCUGUUGGAUCUUUAGUGGCUGGCUAGCGAGCAUAGCUAACCGCAGCUAGCCGGAUAAAUCUCUUUCCUCGGCCUUAGGAGCCCAUUACACACACAGAAUGGCAUUAAAACGAAUUCACAAGGAACUGACUGAUCUGGGCCGGGACCCUCCAGCACAGUGCUCAGCAGGACCGGUUGGAGAUGACUUGUUUCACUGGCAAGCAACAAUUAUGGGACCUAAUGACAGUCCAUAUCAAGGGGGGGUGUUUUUCUUGACCAUUCAUUUUCCUACAGACUACCCUUUCAAACCACCUAAGGUUGCAUUCACCACAAGAAUUUAUCACCCAAAUAUUAACAGUAAUGGCAGCAUCUGUUUGGAUAUUCUAAGGUCGCAGUGGUCUCCUGCGUUAACUAUCUCUAAAGUUCUAUUGUCCAUCUGCUCACUGUUAUGUGAUCCAAACCCAGAUGAUCCAUUAGUGCCAGAGAUAGCACGUAUCUAUAAAACAGACAAUGAAAAGUAUAAUAAACUAGCCAGGGAAUGGACAGAGAAAUAUGCCAUGUUAUAGGGGUUAAGGUACAACAGAAUAGCUCGGGAAUGGACUCAAAAGUAUGCCAUGUGAUACCUGAAGAACAUCAGACCAAUCUGCAGUACAGCUGGAAAAAAAACUUUUUUUUUCUUCCCCUCAAUGAAUUGACAGUUCCCCGUGUAUUCAGACCAUAUCAGUUCUGCUUGGUUAUUUUGACCCCCUUCAACCUCCAUUCACAUGCUGUAAAAAGACCACGACAUUGCAAAGAUCACCAACUUUAUGUUCAGAAAAAUGCUCGUGUCAAAGAAGCAUGUUUUAACUACGAGCUCACCCAUUUUUUAUUGAGAUAAGAAAAAGAAAAAAAAAACAUAACUAAGGUGAAACCAUCGAACGCUUCUGACUCACGCCACUGGCUAGAGGUGCUACUUAAGAAAAAGAAACAGCGAUGCUGCAGGUGCCAGCGUACCUCGAAAAGUCGAUCUGUUGCUCGGUUGGCCUUCAUGUUUUUAUAUGCUUUUACAAUAGCAAUGAGAACUAUGGUCUGUGAAAUAUAUUCUUGCUUAUAACUGACUGUUUCUUACCAAAUCAGUCAUGUCAUUGUAUCAGCAGUUACGAAAAAAUAUAUAUUUUGCAUGUUAAUGGAACAAUUAAAGUAAUUGGUCUGUGGUCUGCCAAAAAUGAAUAUCUGCAGACAAUGUUAAGCGAAUACAUGUCCACUUUUAGAGUCUGAGAACUUAUUUUGUUACUCCUUUUCCUCUCCUCUUUUUGAUGUUUUUAGAGUGGGGAGCUAUUAGUUUGUCUAUCCUCCUAAACACUGUUCUCUCAUUGCACUGAAUAUAUGUGAUUGGAAGCUCUCAAUGGAUGACCGAUCAACUAAUAGCUCUACUAGCUGUUCAUUUUGUUUGCUCAAUAAAGUUGCUAAACUAUCA